UCCUAACUCUCUCUGACUUCUCUACAAAGCUGAUGUGUGCAUUUUGUGUCCCUCUGCCACAGAUGUGGCCAGCAGCUAGAGCUGAAGAUGAAGGACAGACUGGAGGAAUUGAGGAUCCGAGUUAAUGAAGAUGAGGACUCUUUGGAUAUUGAUGAUACUCUCUCAUUUGAUAAUCCUGUUUUCAAGGAGGAUGAGACCAAUCCCAUGAGCAAAAUAUUCCAGGAAGUGUCAGAUCUCUCGCUGGGCCUGAGUAAACUGGAGGAGUUAUCAGAGAGCAUCCACAAGAAGCAGCAGCGGGUGCUGUGCUGCACCACCGAGGAGAGCGUUUAUGAAGAAAAGAAAGAGUUAAGUAACAUUAAAGCCUCCUUCACUAGUCAGGCUAAAGUCAUCCAGCCUCAGCUCUAUGGGAUUCAAGACACACUGUCCCGAGACAGCAAACCGUGGCUGGCAGGAUACCGCAUCCACCAGAACCAGCUCUCUGUCCUAAUCAGCAAGUACCGAGACAUCAUCACUCACCAUUAUGCCAAGGAGAUGGAGUAUGUGGAGAAGUUGAAGGAGCAGAUCAUGAGGCAAACUGAGCUGGCAGGCUUAAGCCUACGUGAAGAGGACAUUAAUCAGCUAGUGGAAAGCCCUGUGGCUCCUCGGAUUGUGGGCCAGGACCUGGAAGUGCUCAAGGCCAAGCAGCACUUGGCCAUGGCCCAAGUACGCCACCAACAACUGCUGGACCUAGAGGCCCAGAUCAGUGAGCUGCACUCGCUCUUCCUGCACUUGGAGGUGCUGGUUUCAGAGCAGCAUGAGGUCAUCAAUAACAUUGAGUACAACGUCCUGCAUACUCUUGAUUACGUGUCUCAGUCCAACGAGGAGGUGAAGAAAGCCCUGAAGUAUGAGCGCCAGUCGCGGAUCUCGGCAGCACUGUCGGCGGUGCUGGGCCUCUGUGCCUGUUGCACGUGCUUAUCAUGCGCAGCUGGCACAGUGUAGUGAGACGGACACGGACUCUGCAAGGGAAGGGAGUGGCUAUGUUACACAGAACUUGGUAGCAGCCGGGCUCUUUGAGGGCAGUGAGUAUGGAUUAGCCCUACGGACUCAUUGGAAGGGAAUCUCCCAUGAUUUGGAUGGAUUUGAAGGCAGGUUUUCUUGUGUGUUUCAUAUGAAGAAGGAUUUUACUGAGUGUUUUGGUAGGACACUAGCAAUCAAGCUCAUGUUUCCACUAUUCUUUGAUGAUUGCAUGUUCUAUCUUCAACAGUGUCCUUAAGACAUUUAAUAUAUGUUAAUAAGAAAGGCAUAUUUGAGUUUCUGAUCAAAUAUAGCUUUAAAAAGAAAUAAUAAAACUUUGCAUAACUAGCCCCUGUUAAUAUUUGCAUUAUGUCAUCGGUCGUUAUAAAGCACACAAAGAAACACAACAGCUCAGUUUCCCAGGUUGAUUAUAAUGCUCCUCCACCCAGGUUUAAAACCAUAAUCUCUGCACUUUGUCAAGUUUUUAUUACUUGGAUUUUUAAUAUGGGGUUGUCUCAUUGUUUAUCGUAUUUUGUAAAACAAACAAGUGUUUAGGAUUGCAAAAUGCUUCCACUCCUGGUGCCAUCACACUCCCAGUGAGUGGAAAUACCUGCAGUAUGAAUGAAGUGUGUUGAUGUUUACAUAUGUAGUUUUUGUUUCAAACUCCUGUUACAGGGCUGUGCUUUCCUUCACACAGUAUGUGUGGAUUUGAAAUGAGGGGAAAGGAUUAAAUGCAACUGUGGUUUUUAAUCCUUUGCAAUUCCGUUUUACAGUUUUCUGGUGGAGCUGUCAUCAGGCACAAUUUCAGACUUGUUCUUUCAUUCGAUUCACUUUCUGUUUCCAUGAUACUUUCAAGAUAGAAACAAAACCAGUUCUUAUUAUAUUAUCAGUAAUUUUGCAAUUGUUCAUUUAGUGCUCGCUGACCAUGCAGGCUAACAAUAUUACAGCUCAAAAUUCAUGUUUUAUGUAUCUAUUGAUUCAGUGUAGUGCAAAAGUAAUGCAUGUGAGCAUGUUGGCAAAAUCUCUCAAGGCUGUUUUCCCAAGGAUCGGAUCUGAUCUAAUCUAAUCUAGUCAUCUUCAUAAGAAUUCAGUCUAAUGUUGUUACAGAGAAACAAGGGGUAUGUCUUCACUGCCAAUGUUAAAGAGCUGCUGUGGGUGUAGGCGAGGCACCAGAGAGCUCUCCCAGUGCUGUAAAAAAAACCAGCCCCACUUUAGA